CCCUGCUGUCCCCGCCGGUCUCCGGCGCCAUGUCGCAGAGCGGGGUCCCCGGGCUGCAGGACGAGAACCUGCAGGGCUCUUGGGUAGAACUGCACUUUAGCAGCAAUGGAAACGGGAGCAGUGUCCCAGCCUCGGUGUCUGUGUACAAUGGGGACAUGGAGAAGAUUCUGCUGGACGCCCAGCAUGAGUCUGGACGGAGUAGCUCCAAGAGCUCCCACUGUGACAGCCCACCUCGCUCACAGACCCCACAAGAUACCAAUAGAACUUCUGAGGCAGAUACCCACAGCCUUGGGGAAAAGAACAGCUCUCAGUCUGAGGAAGACUAUAUGGAAAGGAGAAAAGAAGUGGAGAGCAUCUUGAAGAAGAACUCGGACUGGAUAUGGGAUUGGUCAAGUCGUCCAGAGAAUAUCCCCCCCAAGGAGUUCCUCUUCAAGCAUCCAAAGCGCACGACCACCCUCAGCAUGAGGAACACCAGUGUCAUGAAGAAGGGGGGCAUCUUCUCAGCAGAGUUCCUGAAGGUAUUCCUCCCAUCUCUGCUGCUCUCUCACCUGCUGGCCAUUGGCCUUGGGAUCUACAUUGGAAGGCGCCUGACCACCUCGACCAGCACCUUCUGAGGA